AUGGCUGCGCGAACGCCGUUGUCCACUGUCAGUUCCUUCGAAGGUGCAUCGCACCUCAUUGGUGUACUUGCUGCAGAUGGAACAGCAUCUUUGCAACCUGAUAGCCUGAAUCCGAACGGUGGUACUGGAACACCAGAACUAUAUAGCCAAGACUCCACUGUCUCUUCUGAAGAGAGUGUUCAUGGCGAGCUGCAUGGGUUGGUUCCGGAGCCAGUUACAGAAAGUGAAUCUGCCGUACUCCGAGGCCACCAUUCUCAGAACUCUGAGGACCCAGAUGAUGACACCGAUUUCAAGAAACAUAUAUCUCAGCGCCGUAAGAGUCUUACCGUCCGACUCGAGAAGACCGACCAAGCUGGUCGCUACCAACUGACUGCUGAGGAUCCGGAGCUUCGAGAUCUCCUGAAGCAAGGCUUUGAGAGGUCGAAAGAUGGGGGCAUCAAGAAGAAACGUUCGAGGUUUAGCGACCUCGUCUUCACACGUCAAUUCACAGCUUUCGACAGGCACAAUAGCGAAAGCGCAUCAAGUCCUUUCCACGGGUUCUUCUCAUUAUUCUGGAUGGGGGUAUCUUUGCUGCUGAUUCGGAUAUCGGCCGAUAAUUGGCGAACGUAUGGCAGCAUUUUCGGCGGCAAUGAGAUUGUCCGCCUGAUGCUCAGCCGUGACAUUGUGGUGAUGGGUUUUACGGACGGCGUUAUGUGUGCAAGCACUGUCUUCUGCCUGUUUCUUCAAAAGAUGAUUCUGCAUGGAUACCUCACUUGGAACAGGUCUGGGUGGAUCGUGCAAAACACGUGGCAACUUGUCUUCCUAGUCGCCUACCUUGCAUUUCCCGCAUACCGAAAUUGGCCAUGGACUCAUUCAGUCUUCAUUACACUACACUGCAUUACAAUGCUCAUGAAGCAACAUAGCUACGCAUUCUAUAAUGGACAUUUAUCAGAAUUGUAUAAGAGGCGUCGUAUUCUCGAGCAGAAACUCGAAGCCCUUGAUGACCCAGAAGUGAUGAGCCCAACAAACCACAGUCCCAGCUCCGAUGUUGCAUAUGUGACGUCUUAUCUGGACACGAAAGAUCUUGAUCAACUGUCCCGCCGUCGCAAAUCGAUCCCGGAGAAGAAGAUGCAGGAGGUUGACAACGACAUCUCAAGCAUUGCCGAUGCCAUCGCCUCUGAUGCUCCACUUGACUUCGCUCAGGUUCGCUCCUUGCGUAAACUCAUCUCCUUUGAGAUUCAGUCCAUAACGGAAGAACUCAAGGGAAAGACUUCCACCACGCAGAACCACUAUCCGAGGAAUCUUACUCUGCGAGAUUUCUAUGGCUACAUACCGCUGCCGACCGUUGUGUACGAGCUGGAGUAUCCUCGUCAACCAAGCAUAAACUGGAGUUAUGUUGCUGAGAAGACAAUUGCAACGUUCGGAGUGAUUGGUGUUAUGAUCGUCGUGUCCACGGCAUAUAUCUACCCUGUGGUGGCACAUGUCGUUCACCAGAAGGAAGAUGGCAUGCCACUCAAGGAUCGCCUUAAGGAGAUUCCGUGGGUCUUCAGCGACCUCCUCUUUCCUUUCUUCAUGGAGUAUAUCCUAAGCUGGUACGUAAUUUGGGAGUGUGUUCUUAAUGUCCUGGCCGAGUUAACGCUCUUCGCUGAUCGGGGCUUCUACUCUGAUUGGUGGAAUUCCAGUUCGUGGGAUCAAUUCGCUCGUGACUGGAACCGCCCAGUCCACAACUUCCUCCUCCGCCACGUCUACCACUCUUCGAUCGCCACCUUCAAUCUCUCCCGCAGCUCUGCCACCUUGCUCACCUUCCUACUCUCCGCCUGUGUCCACGAGCUGGUCAUGGCGGUGAUCUUCCAGAAGGUGAGGGGCUAUCUGUUGAUGGCGCAGAUGUCACAGUUGCCCUUGGUCGUGUUAAGCAGAACAAGGUUUCUCAAGGGACGGGACAUCCUCGGAAACAUGAUGUUCUGGUUUGGGCUAUUCGUGGGUCCCAGUCUGCUCUGCACGCUCUACAUACUUUUAUGA